AACGUCCACACUGGUUCCCACCUGCCUAACUUGGAUUUUGCAUUUGACACUUUCAAUUUUAGAGUCAGAUAAGCCGGACGGAAUGGAGCUCGAGAUAUUCAAUGCUAAGAACAGCAAGCCUUACGGCAAGGUGAAGGUGCCCUCGGCAGCCACGCCUAUUAGCGACUUGCGCGCCCUCAUUCACCGGACCCUGAAACAAACGCCGGACGCAAAUCGCCAGUCCCUUCGUUUGGAUGUUAAGGGAAAAAGCUUGAAAGACACCGACACCCUGGAGUCUCUGUCACUGCGCACCGGCGAUAAGGUGUACAUCAAGGAUCUGGGACCCCAGAUUGGAUGGAAGACAGUCUUCUUGGCAGAAUAUGCUGGGCCGUUGAUAGUGUAUCUCAUCUUCUACUUCCGCCCAGAAUUGGUCUACGGAAAGGCGGCCAGUCUUCCGAUUUCCCUCACCACCCACAUUGCCGCUGGCUGCUACACGGUCCAUUAUGUGAAGCGUCUGCUGGAGACGAUCUUCGUCCACCGCUUCUCGCAUGCCACGAUGCCGCUGCGGAAUCUCUUCAAGAAUUGCACAUACUAUUGGGGAUUCACAGCCUAUGUGUCGUACCAUGUUAACCAUCCGCAGUUCACCUCGCCCUGCAUGUGCACUGUUUGGGCCGCUUUGGGAGCAUUUGCGCUCUGCGAGCUUGGCAACUUUUCGGUGCACAUUGCCCUGCGCAACUUGCGCCCACCUGGAACCAAAGUACGCAAGAUCCCAGUGCCUGACGGAAAUCCCCUGACCCUCUUGUUCAACUUUGUGUCGUGUCCAAAUUACACCUACGAGAUCGGUGCCUGGGUGUCGUUUUCAGUGCUGACCUCUUGCCUGGCCGCCUAUCUGUUUGCCUUUGCUGGCGCUUUCCAGAUGACCGUUUGGGCCCUGGCCAAGCACCGCAACUACAAGAAGGAGUUCAAGGACUACCCCCGUCAGCGUCGGUCCAUUUUCCCCUUCGUCCUUUAAAGGACUUUCCGCUGAAUUCGCUGUAUUACCUAUUCCACAUUUAUACAUUUUCAUUUGGCUAGCGUUUAACUGGGUAGUUGUCUAGUGAACUUUGUGCUUUUGUUAACUUAAAGCAAAUACAAAUUGGAGAAGCUGAAA